CACCACAGUGUCUUGUCUGACACAGACCCCGCAGACCACAUAACAGUCUAGACCGAAGGAGGAGGACGCCUCUCCUGUCCACGAGCUUUGGGGGACUCUGUGGUUUGGCUCUCAAACCCUCGGCUUGGACAUGGCAGAUGACAGCACAUCACGCUGGGCUCCAUCUCCCAGUCUGACCUAUGAGGAUUACUCUCUCUACAGUAAUCUAAGUGAUGAUGAAUUGCUGCAGCUCGUCAUUGAACGCAGUCUAAGUGACACGCAAUGCUCUGCCGCUGCGCAGCCCCCCCACAGCCAUGACAGUAGACAGAGCGGUGCAGUCACAAACUCAGACCGUCCCAGCUACAAUCCACCGAACUACAGCUCCCAAGAUCCUCCAGCUGCCCAGACCCCAGCACACUACAGCUCUCCGAACCCUCCGAGCGAGAAACCUCCUGAUUUAAAAACCUUUGAUGGGACUGUCAGCCGAUUCAUGACUGGAUCUGGAAAGAGAAUGAUGGCGUACUACAAAGCAGAUGGUAAUGUAGUCCACAUUGCUCCAGAACCUGAGGAAGAGGAAGAACCUCUGUUCAGUGCAAUCCGUGAAGGCAAUGCAAGCAAAGUGAAGGCACUGACGAUGUGUCCAGAAAUGAACCUGAUGCUUCCUAACAGGCCUGGCUGGCUGACAGUUCACCAGGCUGUGUGGUUUGGCCAGGACUCUUGUCUGCGGGUGCUACUGACAGCUCAGCCAGGGAUGAUCAACAAGAGGACGACACGUGGAGAGACUCCACUGCUGAUUGCAGUCAGCAGAGAUCAGCUCAGAUGUGUUGAAGUUCUGCUUGAAAGGGGUGCUGCAGCCGACAUCCCUAACAAUGAUAAAGAGACUCCACUUUACAAAGCAUGUGAAAAGAGCAACCCUGCUAUAGUGGCCUCCCUGCUAAACCACGGAGUGGCAGUGAACACUCCCUGCAUUCAGGGCUGGACAGCUUUGCAGGAAGCGGUGGUCCGAGACAACGUGGAGAUUUGUGGGAUGCUCAUGCAGGCUGGAGCCAAACACGACAUUCGCAACAUCUACGGCAUCACACCACUGUUCACAGCAGCUCAGACUGGGCAGCUUAGCACACUGUGCUUCCUCCUCAGACAAGGUGCAGACGUCAACACACAGGCAGCAGAUGGGGCCACAGCUAUUUAUGAAGCUGCAAAAAAUGGACAUCAGCAAAUUGUGGAGCUCCUUCUUUCUCAAAAUGCUGAUGCCAACAAGCCUGGGAAGACAGGGCUGUUACCGCUUCACAUUGCUACUCAAAAGGGGCAUAACAAGAUUGUCACCAUGUUGAUCCCGGUCACCCUUAAGGCAAGAGUCCGGCGGAGUGGGAUCAGCCCACUGCACCUGGCAGCAGAGUACAACCGUAACAACGCACUGAUGAUGCUGAUCGAUGCAGGCUUUGAUGUCAAUGCUCAGCUGUCCGAAGAGCGGUCCAGGCUGUUUGAGGAUCGCCGCAGCACGGCACUCUACUUCUCUGUCAUCAACAGCAACAUUGAUGCAGUCCAGACACUACUGACCUUUGGCGCUGACACAAACCUGGAUGUGUUUAGGCCUCUUAUGGUGGCUGCCAGGCAGGGCUGCAUGCAGACCAUCACCCUGCUUGUGGAACAUGGUGCCGACAUUAAUGCCAGCAUCCCCACCCACCCCACCACCUUCCCUGCUGUCUUCAUGUUUUCCAUGAAGUACCUUCCGAUGUUCAAGUACCUGCUAGACCACGGAGGUGAUGCUCAGUCCUGUUUCAACUGUGUUUAUGGCAACCAGUCUCAUCCUGAGGUCAAAAUCACCCGAUCAGAGUGGAACGAGCCACACAACCAACUCCUGCCAGAGACACACCAAAUAAAAGGAGUUCAGUUCUGUGACAUGAUUUCGGUUCCAAGCAUCUCCCGGUGGGCUGGGCCAAUCAUUGACCUCCUUCUAGAUUACGUUGGUGAUGUGGCUCUUUGCUCCAGACUGAUGGAGCACCUGGAUAGCUUCUCUGAUUGGAGCAACAUCAAAGAGAAAGCAGCCCCCCCACGCCCACUGCUCCAGCUUUGCAGGCUGCGGAUUCUACAGAUGGUCAGACACCAGAAGCUAAAGAGGUUACCUCUUCCUGCAAGUCUGAUAUGCUUCCUUAAGCACCAAGAAAGAUGGCUGGAUGACUGCUAUUCUGUCUCCACUUGAACUGCUGGGCUACAGCGAGAGGAUUGGUGUGAUGUGUGGAUGCUGCCGCUGCAGAUGAUGAGGAUGAUUAUGGGCCCCAGGUCGCCUUUGAUGUGCCGUGACAAACUCUGAUGAUUGAUAUCCCUGCUGAGCUCACACCAUGACUUCAUUAGCUGAUGUGGUGCCUUUGUCCCAGUAAUCAGCCCUCUCUGUCUGUUGUAACAUGUCUCAUACGCAAUGACUACAUUUCCCUACGCGGAGGAAUACAGGGAUUGUCUUUUUAUCUGCCCACUCCAGGUUCGGUGUGUAGGCGGCUAAUCGAAGCGAUAUGAAAUAAAGCUUCAAGGUCCUUCUAUGAGUUAUUGUCAUUCUGUCAGGUGACUGAGUUAUUGUCAGUCCCCUCAGCUAUCAGGCUGUUUAACAAAUGUGCCUGAUAUAAACAGAUAUUUUAUAAAUUGUUAUUGUAUUGUUAUUUACUGUGUUUUUUGCUGCCGGAAUUUCAUAAAGUUCUAUCUAUCUAUCUAUCUAUCUAUCUAUCUAUCUAUCUAUCUAUCUAUCUAUCUAUCUAUCUAUCUAUCUAUCUAUCUAUCUAUCUAUCUAUCUAUCUAUCUAUCUAUCUAUCUCUAUCUUGAUACUUCAGUAGAGACUGUCAAUACGAGGUGUUUACACUCAAGGAGGGGUCUGCAGCAUGAAGCAGGUGGGGUGACAGUUUGUCCCACUGUGACCUAUCCGUUGUCUGAAGUUGGCUUCCUGUUUGGGACUUGGAAAAGAUCUCUAUCAAUAAAGUUUUCUUUGCACGGAC